ACACAAUCAUCAUCAUCGUCACUGCCAAAAAAUUAAUUAAAAAAAAAUAAAUAAAAAACAGAGUCAAAGCCCUCAAGCACCCUACAGAGACCCUUCUUCUACCCCUUCUUCUUUGUUCCUCUGUUUCUCUCUCUUACUUUCUCACACUUUCCCACUCUUUCCGUCAAAGUUUCCAAAUUUCCUUCUCAGUUUGGAUACUUGUGAGUUUGAUGUUGAGGGCAGUAUGCCGGUUAUAAUUAGGGGAAAUGCAAAGGUAUCAUGCUGGCAACUGCACUAGUGCAGUUAAUAACAGUGCAAUUGGUGGGCCAUCCACUAGGGACAUUGGAAGGGCUGAUUCAUCUUCCUUGCCAGCCAACUUUCCUGUAAGUUCAAGGCGACAACCACCUUUAAACCCAUACAAGUCAAAGUGUGAUAAAGAACCUCUGAACUCUAGGCUUGGUCCCCCGGACUUUCACCCCCAAACACCAAAUUGCCCUGAAGAGACUCUGACCAGAGAAUAUUUGCAAUCUGGAUAUAGGGACACAGUUGAGGGGCUAGAGGAAUCUAGAGAAAUUUCUCUUACCCAGGUUCCAAAUUUUCACAAGACAGUUGUCCAUAGUUGCAAAGAGGCCAUUAGAAAACGUCUAAGGGCCAUCAAUGAAUCUCGUGUUCAGAAGCGAAAGGCUGGUCAAGUCUAUGGAGUGGCUCUUUCAGGAUCACAACUUGCUAAAUCUGGUGUUUUCCCUGAACAACGGCCGUGUCCUGAAGACUUCCGGAAGAAAUGGAUUGAGGGCUUAUCUCAACAGCACAAGCGAUUACGUUCUUUGUCGGAUCUCGUUCCUCAUUAUAAAAGGAAAUCAGUUUUAGAGGUUCUUAUUAGGAAUAACGUUCCAUUGCUGAGGGCUACCUGGUUUAUAAAAGUUACUUACCUUAAUCUGGUUCAGCAUGGUUCUGCCAAUAUUCCUUCUGGUACUGCUGACAAAACUCAGUUGUCAUGUUCUGAGCUUUGGACCAAAGAUGUUAUUGCAUACUUGCAAACUCUUCUGGAUGAAUUUUUCUCAAAAAAUACUUCUCAUUCUACUCAUAAUCGAGAUCGAUCACCCCAAUUACCUUAUAAUGCAUCACUUCAGCUUCAGCACAGAAGUGACCAGUUAUCAUCUGUUGCUGAUGGUGAAGAACCAACUUUACAUUUUAGAUGGUGGUAUAUUGUUCGGCUUCUACAAUGGCAUCAUGCUGAAGGGCUGCUUCUUCCUUCUCUUAUCAUUGACUGGGUUUUGCGUCUAUUACAGGAAAAGCAGUUCCUUGAGAUUUGGCAGCUGCUAUUGCCUAUUGUAUAUGGCUUUUUAGAAAUUGUUGUUCUAUCCCAAACAUAUGUUCGCACUCUUGCUGUGGUAGCUCUUCGUAUUAUUCGUGAUCCUGCUCCUGGUGGAUCAGAUCUAGUACACAAUUCCCGGAGGGCAUAUACAACUUCUGCUCUGAUUGAGAUGCUCAGAUAUUUAAUACUCGCAGUUCCAGAGACUUUUGUUGCUUUGGAUUGCUUUCCUUUACCAUCCUCUGUAGUUUCACAUUCAAUCAAUGAUGCCAAUUUUGUACUUAAAGCAACUGAAGCAGGAAAGAUAAAAAAUAGUUCAGAAGAUGUUGUGUCUGUAUUUAGAAGUAAAGGAUUUGACGCACAAUACCAAUCAUUGGCAUUUGAUCGUGUUAUUUCAUGCGUUCGAAAAAACGCAGAAGAUCUCACAAAGGCUGUAAGCCCAGACUAUCCAGGUCAAUGUCUGGCUAAAGCUGCACAAGCUUUGGAUAAAUCCCUUGUACUUGGUGAUAUACGUGGAGCAUACAGAUUUCUUUUUGAAGAUCUUUGUGAUGGAACUGUCUCUGAAGGUUGGGUUGCAAAAGUCAGCCCUUGCUUAAGGUUAUCACUGAAGUGGUUUGUGACUGUAAAUACAUCACUUAUUUAUUCAGUGUUUUUCCUUUGUGAGUGGGCAACAUGUGAUUUCAGGGAUUUUCGAACUGCUCCUCCUUGUGAUAUAAAGUUCACAGGCAGGAAAGAUCUUUGUCAAGUGCAUAUAGCUGUUAGACUCUUAAAGUUGAAGCUGAGGGAUUUGCAGAUUUCACCAAGACAAAAGAGUGGAAGCAUUCAUGGAGUCAGUUAUUUAGCAAAAUGUUCAAAUCGAAAGAGCAAUCGGAAUUUUUUGAACAAUGCACCCAAAAUAAAAUCUAGUUCAAAAAAUAUGGAUCAGAAUAUCUGUUCUUCAGCUAUAUUUGAAAGCCCAGGUCCUCUACAUGAUAUUGUUGUUUGUUGGAUUGAUCAGCACAUGGUGCAUAAAGGGGAGGGCCUCAAACGCCUACAUUUAUUUAUAGUGGAACUCGUACGUGCAGGGAUCUUUUACCCAUUGGCAUAUGUACGCCAGCUGAUAGUGAGUGGGAUCAUGGAUAUGAAUGUAAACGUUGUUGACUUGGAGAGACAGAAGAGACAUUGCCGAAUCUUGAAGCAGCUUCCUGGGAACUUCAUGCGUGAUGCUUUGGAAGAAUUAGGGAUUAUUGAAGGGCCUCAGCUUACUGAUGCCUUGCAAGUUUACUUGAAUGAACGACGACUCAUACUUUCUGGUUUCUUAUGGGAAAACCAUGGCAAUGCUGCCAGCAGUGCCUCUAUAUCUUCUCUCAAGCAAAAACAUCAUCAUACAUCUUCAACAAAAGACGUAGAUUCUCUAGUCUCAGCUGAUCAAUGGAAAACUGUUCCUUCUAAUAAAAAAUCUUCUAAAAAUGCAAAGGAUGACACUAUUGUUGAAGAACUGAAGAUGGUCAUCUCCGUACUGUUACAGCUACCAAAAAGUUUAUCUAAUUUGAGCACUAUGGCAUUGGAUGAAUCUCAAGGUAGUGUCAGAAGACCUGUUGGGUCUCACAGCAAGAUUGAUCUAGUGGAGGCUACACCUGGGUGCAAAGAAUGUAGAAAAUCAAAGAGACAAAAAUUGAGUGAUGAAAGGAGUUCACUUAUUCAAGCUCAAUCUCCAGUUCUGUCUGAUGAUGAAGAUACAUGGUGGAUGAAGAAGGGGGUAAAAUCCUCGGAGCCUCUCAAAGUUGAUCAACCACUUAAGCCAACCAAGCAGGUUACUAAGAGUCGGCAAAAGAAUGUGCGUAAGACCCAGAGUCUUGCUCAACUAGCAGCUUCAAGAAUUGAGGGUAGCCAAGGGGCAUCAACAAGUCAUGUGUGUGAUAAUAAGGUAAGCUGCCCUCACCAUAGAACUGCUAUGGAUGGAGAUACGGCAAGGUCUGUUGAUGGAAUUCGAACAAGUCAUUGUGAAGAUGUUGUUUCAAUUGGAAGGGCUCUAAAACGGCUGCGCUUUGUUGAGAAAAAGGAGAUAACAAAUUGGCUGAUGACUGUAGUUAGGCAGCUUAUUGAAGAGACUGAAAAAAAUGUUGGUAAAGUCAGCCAAUUUGGUAGGCCUUUAGCCACUUUGGAUGAUAGAAGUUCCGUACGGUGGAAGCUUGGUGAGGAUGAACUUUCUGCAUUACUUUAUCUGAUGGAUAUCUCAGAUGAUUUAGUAUCAGCUGUCAAAUUCCUUUUAUGGUUGCUGCCAAAGGUUUAUAGUAGCCCCAGUUCUACAAUUCAUAGUGGAAGGAAUGUUUUAAUGCUGUCAAGGAAUGUGGAGAACCAAGCUUGUGAUGUUAGUGAGGCUUUUCUGCUAUCAUCACUGAAAAGGUACGAGAACGUUCUUGCUGCAGCUGAUCUUAUUCCUGAAGCUCUGUCAUCUACAAUGCAUCGUGCUGCAGCUAUUAUAGCAUCUAAUGGAAGGGUUUCAGGUUCAGGUGCCCUAGCUUUUGCUCAUUAUUUAUUGAAAAAAUAUAGCAAUGUGGUUAGUGUCAUUGAGUGGGAGAAAAAUUUUAAGACUACAUGUGAUAAAAGACUUGCUUCCGAAUUUGAGUCUGGACGGUCUGGUGAUGGAGAAUUAGGGCUUCCACUCGGUGUUCCUGCAGGAGUUGAGGACCCUGAUGACUUUCUCCGUCAAAAAAUAAGCGGUGGUCGGUUACCAUCCAGAGUAGGUUCAGGAAUGAGAGAUGUUGUACAGCGUAAUGUGGAAGAAGCAUUUCACUAUCUUUUUGGAAAAGACAGAAAGCUUUUUGCUGCUGGUACACCAAAAGGUCCUGCUUUAGAAAAAUGGGAUAAUGGGUAUCAAAUUGCUCAUCAAAUAGUUAUGGGUCUGAUAGAUUGCUUAAGGCAGACUGGUGGUGCUGCUCAAGAAGGGGACCCCUCUUUGAUCACUUCUGCUGUUUCUGCUAUUGUUGGUAGUGUUGGUCCAACUUUAGCCAAAUUGCCUGAUUUUUCAGCUGGCAAUAAUCAUUCAAAUAUGUCGUUGACAACAAGUUCAUUGAACUAUGCUAAAUGCAUUCUGCGAAUGCAUAUAACUUGUUUGUGCUUGCUUAAGGAAGCCUUGGGAGAACGUCAAAGCCGUGUAUUUGAGAUUGCUCUUGCUACGGAAGCUUCUAAUGCUCUUGCUGGAGUUUUUGGUCCAAGUAGAACAUUUCGAACUCAGUUUCAAAUGUCACCUGAAACCCAUGAUACUGGUACUAAUAUUUCAAAUGAUGUUGUAAACAACUCUAGUAAAAUUGUGGUUGCUAGAACAACAAAAAUUGGUGCUGCUGUUUCUGCACUUGUCGUUGGAGCUAUUAUAUGUGGUGUCACCAGCCUGGAAAGAAUGGUGACCAUUCUCAGAUUAAAGGAGGGCCUGGAUAUUGUACAAUUUGUAAGAAGUACAAGAUCCAAUUCAAAUGGAAAUGCACGUUCAGUUGGGGCUUUUAAGUUGGAUAGUUCAGUUGAUGUUCAUGUCCACUGGUUUAGAGUGCUUGUUGGAAACUGCAGAACAAUCUGUGAAGGCUUAGUGGUGGAUCUCUUGGGUGAACCAUCUAUUGUGGCUCUUUCAAGGAUGCAGCGUAUGCUUCCUCUAAAUUUGGUAUUUCCACCUGCCUAUUCAAUAUUUGCUUUUGUUUUGUGGCGGCCCUUUCUUAUGAAUUUCAAUGUAUCAGUUCGUGAAGAUAUGAAUCAACUUUAUCAGUUGCUAACAGUGGCCAUAGGCGAUGCAGUAAAACAUUUUCCAUUUCGAGAUGUUUGCUUAAGACAAUGUCAGGGUCUUUAUGAUCUUAUGGCUGCAGAUACAAGUGAUGCUGAGUUUGCAACAUUGCUAGAGUUGAAUGGCUCUGAUAUGCAUUCAAAAUCAAUGGCAUUCAUUCCCCUCCGUGCCAGGCUUUUUCUAAAUGCCAUGGUUGAUUGUAAGAUGCCACAAUCUAUUUAUAUAAAGGAUGAUGGAGGCCGGAAUUCUGGGCAUGGUGAAUCGAAAAUUAAAUUUACCAAUCGAGAAUCUACGCUUCAGGAUAAGCUUGUAGAUGUUUUAGAUUCUCUGCAGCCUGCCAAAUUCCACUGGCAAUGGGUUGAACUAAGGCUGCUUUUAAAUGAACAAGCCCUUGUUGAAAAACUGGAGACACAUGAUAUAUCCUUAGCUGAUGCUAUACAGUUGUCCUUGCCUAGUUCAGAGAAGGCUGCUGCUUCAGAGAAUGAGAACAAUUUUAUUGAAAUAAUUCUCACAAGGUUACUGGUUAGACCUGAUGCUGCACCACUUUUCUCGGAGGUUGUUCAUCUUUUUGGGAAGUCACUAGAGGAUUCAAUGUUGUUACAUGCUAAGUGGUUCCUUGGAGGUCAAGAUGUCCUCUUUGGUCGUAAGACCAUUAGGCAACGACUAAUUAACAUUGCAGAGAGUAAAGGAUUUUCUGUUAAGACACAGUUUUCAGAGCCCUGGGGCUGGUGCACCCCAUGUAAAGAUCCAGUAAUUAUCAAGGGGGAUAAAAAGAAAGUUGAUUCUAUGUCUCUUGAAGAAGGAGAGGUUGUUGAAGAUGGAAUGGAUGUGAAAAGGUCCUUAAAAGGGUUCUCUCAGGUGUUUGACUCUGAAAGCUCUACAAAUAAGCAGCAGCAUGGGACUGAGAGGGCUCUUCUCCAGUUAGUUCUUCCUUGCAUAGAUCAAAGCUCUGAUGAAUCUCAAAAUUCCUUUGCAAGCGAUUUAAUCAAACAACUAAAUUAUAUUGAGCAGCAAAUAGCUGCAGUUACUUGUGGGCCAAGUAAGCCAUUGGCAAGUACUCCUGCAAUUGAAGGUCAGACAAAUAAAGUAAAUAGCCGCAAAACUAUAAGAGGUGGCAGCCCUGGAUUAGCCAGACGACCAACAGCUGCAACAGAUUCUUCUCCACCUUCUCCUGCAGCUUUGCGAGCCUCAAUAUCUUUACGUGUGCAGUUACUCAUGAGAUUUCUCCCUAUUAUUUGCACAGAUGGGGAGUCCUCUGUGCGGAGCAUGAGAUACACACUUGCCACUGUAAUUCUCCGUCUCCUUGGCAGCCGGGUUGUGCACGAGGGUGCAAUGGUGAAUGCCAUGCACUAUUCUCUGUUGAAAAGGGAGGUGGAGUCACCUGGUGAAGCUGCUUUUGUAGAUUCUUCUGUUGAGGGUCUGUUUGAUCAUUUGUUGUUGAUUUUGCAUGGAUUGUUGAGUAGUUCUCCUCCAAGUUGGCUUAGGUUGAAACUUGCUUCAAAGACAGCUAAUGAAUCUACAAGGAAAUUUUCUGGAUUUGAUCGAGAGGCAUUAGAGGCUUUGCAGAAUCACCUUGAUGGUAUGCAACUGCCAGACGCUAUUCGGUGGCGUAUCCAAGCUGCAAUGCCUUUACUGCCUUCCUCUAUGCGGUGCUCUUUCUCCUGCCAGCCACCAACUGUUCCAACUUCUGCUCUUGUUUUUCUUCAACCCAACACUACAAAUUCUGGGUUCAACUUCAGCAGUUUGACUGUUCCUCAGAGGAAUCUGGUUCCAUCAUCGAGGAGUACAACAUCAGGGAAGUCAAAACAACAAGACAAUGAUUUGGAAGUUGACCCUUGGACACUUUUAGAAGACGGCGCUGGAUCUUGCCCAUCUGCAAGUAAUACUGCCAUCCUUGGAAGUGGCGAUCGGGUUAAUAUUCGAGCUGCCAGCUGGCUUAAAGGGGCUGUAAGGGUGAGACGGACAGACCUUACUUAUGUUGGCGCUGUGGAUGAGGAUAGUUGAUUAAUAAGAUUUGUUAUUGGCUUGGAGUAUGCAAACCCCUCAUCUAGUGUAUUUGUUGUUUCAUAUUGAUGCAUGACUGGCAUGAAGAUGCCAUUUUGUGCCUGCCCUUCCUGUGUUGAAGGCAAGUUGAGGGGCAUCAAUUUGAGAAACAAGUGAAGGGAUGGGUUCUCUGUUGAACAAAAGUGAAGCUCCCUGUUGGUUCUGGCCUGUUUGACUACUAACCUGUUGAUCACCCCUCCUUCCCCUGGACUUGUGCAGUUCCAGGCACAGUUCAGUGGUUUGUUGUAUAUAUAGGAUGAUUGUUUCACUUUCCCAAUUUAUUUGAGUAAUAUAUCUCAAGUGAUCUGUAGCUGUUCCAUCUAAUUCAUGUCUCAAUGUGUAAGCUGUCUGUAUCUUUUGGGGGCCACAGGCGCACACAGUAUUAUCUGUGCUUUCAUCUAGAGAAAUGCAGCAUUCAAUUAUUUUACUUGGAACUCCAGAUAAUUUAUUAAAAAUUAUAUUAACUUAAAUGCACACUAGUAUAUGCCGUAAUACGUAAAGAGAUCUUUGUCAUUGUCCUUUAUGAUUUAUUGUGGAUGAUCAUAGAUUGUGGGUUGACUCAAUUAAUAGAAAAUCUGCUGUGUUAAUGUAAAUGAAAAGAGUGUAUUAAGAGCAGCCCUCAAUCAAUGAUUUGAUUUUGAAUGCCGACCAACAAAUGAUUUUGGCCUUCAAAACAAA